GAAGCUUGGGUUUAGGGUGCCGUGGACCAGGCAAUAGCAAUAAACUUGAAGUAGAAGAUGUUUUGCACCUCGCAGACACAAUACAGAGAAGCUGCAGGUUGGCGGUGGGGGGUCGACCGCUGUUUUAUGUAAUGGCAGCUUUCUCUUUUCCCUUGUUUCUUGUCUCCAAGGUCUCCUCUGCGAAGAAAAGAGCACAACAGAGACUACCGUGCGGAUCGGGCUUUUGGGCAGACGGCCGGUGGGGGCGCGUCCGCAGACCGUUGGUGGAGGCUGGCGUACGCGAUCUACUUGUAAGUGUAUGGUAUCGAUGUGCCGUGCUGCGGAAACAUCAACGGGGGCAGCAAAUGAAAACUGGAUGGCAAUUUCAUGCAAAGACGGCGAAGGAAGAUGGCAGAAAUGGAGGUGUUGAUAAAAGACAGCGAAGAGAGGCUAGAACGAGAGCUACACCCAAGCUAUUGUUUGUGAAUAGCCGCGGGGUGGAUGGCGAAGUCGUCCCAGCCGGGGCCUUGUGACACAAGCCAGCCGCACCUUUGGUAACUGCACACAUGUAACUCCGUACCCGCGAUUAGAGUUUCACACCCAUACCUCCUGAACGGCGAAAGGCGGCAGACUCGAGGUGCUGGUUCCGGACGAGGCAACGAGCCUCUGGGAUGUGGAGGGCUGGGCUGGAUGCGGCGAGGCGGAGCUUGUGCCCGUCGGGCGCGGACGCGAAUACAAGGAGGGGAAAUACAUAGAAGAGAAUAGGAAGACGGAAAAAAAAAAAAAAAAACAAGAGGUGGGCCGGACGCCUACAAGGAGCUGUUGCCUGGUUCUCUGCGUGUUAUCGCAGCCAAUGCGAAAAGAUGGAGGCGGGAAAUAGAGUCGUAAUUGGCACCGAUGCAACGGAAAUG